AGAAGGCUUCCCCCCACACCCUACCUUGAUAAAAAGGAGUUUUCCUGCAGGAAACAGGACCCUGCACCCCAGAAGCUGCCACGUUCCUCCACAGGUCGGCUACGUGGGACCGGUCCGAUGCGUGUGGUGGUGAUCGGAGCGGGGGUCAUCGGGCUCUCCACCGCCCUGUGCAUUCAUGAGCGCUACCACUCCGUCCUGCAGCCGCUGGACAUCAAGGUCUACGCCGACCGCUUCACCCCACUCACCACCACCGAUGUAGCUGCUGGCCUCUGGCAGCCCUAUCUCUCUACCCCCAGUAACCCCCAGGAGAUGGAGUGGAACCGGCAGACCUUUGACUAUCUCCUGAGCCAUAUGCAUUCUCCCAACGCUGAGCAAAUGGGCCUGGCCCUGGUCUCAGGCUACAACCUCUUCCGCGAAGCCGUUCCGGACCCUCCCUGGAAAGACAUAGUUCUGGGAUUUCGGAAGCUCACCCCUAGAGAGCUGGAGUUGUUCCCUGAUUACAGCUACGGCUGGUUCCACACAAGCCUGAUUCUGGAGGGGCAAUUCUAUCUGCAGUGGCUGACCGAAAGGUUAAAAGAGAGGGGAGUGCAAUUCUUCCAGCAGAAGGUGAAGUCUUUGGAGGAGGUGGCAAGAGGAGGCGUGGACGUGAUCAUCAACUGCACCGGGGUGUGGUCUGGGACCCUGCAGCCGGAUCCCCUGCUGCAGCCAGGCCGGGGGCAGAUCAUCAAGGUGGAGGCCCCAUGGAUGAAGCACUUCAUUAUCACUCAUGAGCCAGGAAGCGGCAUCUAUAGGUCCCCGUACAUCAUCCCAGGGAUGCAUUCGCUGACACUGGGUGGCAUCUUCCAGCUAGGGAACUGGAGCGAGGUGAGCAGCAGCCAGGACCACGCCACCAUCUGGAAGGGCUGCUGCCACCUGGAGCCCACGCUGAAGAAAGCAAGAAUUGUUGGUGAAUUUACUGGCUUCCGGCCGGUUCGCCCCCAGAUCCGACUAGAAAGAGAAUGGCUUCGCUCAGGAUCAACAAGUACAGAGGUCAUCCACAACUAUGGCCACGGUGGCUACGGGCUCACAAUUCACUGGGGCUGUGCCCUGGAGGUGGCUAAGCUCUUUGGGAAAGUUCUAGAAGAAAAGAAGUUGUGCAGGAUGCCACCAUCCAACCUCUGAGGACUUUUCCGUGACCAAGAGGACUCCGCACACCCCUCAAUCUAGUAAUCAACAGUGUGCCCCGAUAAGCCCCCAUCCCUGGCUUCCCUGCACAAAAGUGACAGCUAAUUGGAGGAAAUGUCAAGGCCAUCAUUGGAGGGAAAUCCAGCCCCCCUCCACCCCCUCUGAUGGUACUCCUAGGCCUCUGGGUCUGAGACUGUGGACAAUUGAAGCUCUAAUCCCGCAAGUUCUCAGAAGAAAGGAAAACUCAGAAAAUCAAAGAAGCCAGCUGCUCAGAGGCAUGAGAAAAAAAAAAUGAGGUUAGCUAAGGUUAAGUAAUUGGAUCACAAGUCAUACUAAUGUAUUAAAGGUUUUGGAAAGAU